UCAGCUGUUGAAGUCUACAGUAUAUGCGUAAAUGCGUCGGUGUUUUUCCUGCUUUUCUGCAGACUGCGUGUGAAAUCUCCGUCCCUGUCGUCUGCUCCAGGGUGGUGGAUCAUGCUGUGGUUCUCCGUUGCUGAAAAAAACAAGAAAGCAUUAACACCACCAUCACUUAAUUAUUGUGUCUUGGAUUAAUGUGGAUGAACUUUGGUACACUGAAGCCUGAGACAAUAACAGAUUCAUUGUUUGAAGACAUAAAUCUCACGAUGCCUCCGGCGAGACCAUACAGCCAAGCUAUAAGACCUCCUCUGCCUUUUAGAGCUUACAGCCGUUCCAGUGUCUUCUGUACAGAGGAAAAUGUCUCCGAGUGCAUGCAAUACAUUGAUAAGGAGCUUUUAUCUCUGGGUUUGCCGUCGAUCUUCUACGACUCAAAUAGUAAUCAAGAACUUGAUAUCAUUUUGACUCUUAACACCUUGUAUGAUCUUCUGCAGCUUAAUCACUUUGCUGUCGGAAAUGUGGACGAACACGAAGCGACACGGCUUAAGGACCAGCUCGAACUUUCCGUGAAAGAAAACGGCAAAUUAUGUCAACGAGAACAGCAGUUAGAAAAGAAUAUAAAGGCUUUACAAAGAUCUUUGAAAAAUGAAAAAAAGGAGGUUCAGAAGCUUCGGAACAUCGUCGCAAGCCGUGCCACACAGUACAACCACAGCAUGAAGAGGAAAGAAAGAGAGUUCAACAGGCUUAAAGAGCACCUCAGUCAGUUACUCACAGACAAGAAGGACAUGAAACAGAGGAUGGAGGUGUUGAAUUAUUUUGAGAGGUCAGAUGACAGUCUGAGGAAAACUGGAAGAGCAGAUACAAGACAUGAAAGUGAAGUGUGCAGGACUCUUCUGAACGAGUUUGAUAAACGCCAGCGGGAGCUGAUGUUGGAAAAUUUUGAGUUGAAAAAAGUGCUCCAGCAAAUGAAACAGGAAAUGGUGAUCAUGUUAAGUCCAAAGGACCGCAUUCAGAAACAGGAGAAAUUCACAGAUCAGCAAUUAGCUGAUGAAGAAGAGACUUCUUUUAAUGGGACUUUAGAGAUGUCAUGUGAGCACGCUCGUGAGAAGCUUACCAACAGCAUUCGGCAACAGUGGAGAAAACUGAAACAUCAUAUGGAAAGCCUUGAUAAUAAAGCAUUUGUUUUGCAGUUAGGAAAAGGGGUCAGUGAGGAGAUGAUUUCUAAACAGGUCCAUCAGGAAGAAACAGAGAAACUCAAAAUGGAGAUCCAGCAAUGCAUGGACUUUAUUCAAACUCAGCAGCAGCUCCUGCAGCAACAGCUAAAUACUCAGUGUGAUGAAGAGACUGCAGCCGUCCUGAACGACUGCUACAUGUUAGAAGAGAAGGAGCGCUUGAAAGAGGAAUGGAGGACUUUCGAGGAGCAGAGGAAGAACUUUGAAAUGGAAAGGAGGAGUUUCACAGAGGCAGCUAUCAGAUUGGGGCAUGAGAAGAAAAUGUUUGAAGAAGAUCGAGCAACCUGGCUAAAACAUCAGUUUUUGAACAUGACGUUCACUGAGCAGAUGAGGUCACAUAAUGUCAUAUCAGAAUAUUCUGGUCAAGAACAGAAACACAUAUCGGCGCCUAAAACGCCACUCUAGCAUCGUGAAUAAAGGGCUAGCGAGGUCAUCUAAGGGACGUACAAACUGCACAGAAGACCUUGACUAAACAAGAGCAAACAUAUAGAGUGAUUAUAGGGUGAUAUUUAUCUCACGGAUUCAUGUGGCGUUGGCAAAGGUGGCUUACAUUUGGCAUUCGGUGUCAUGCUUUGCUAUGGUUUUGGUAAGGUACAGUAUGAUCUUUAGGAGAAGCUGCAUAAACAAACACCUUGUUGGUUUACUGUUUUUAAUGAACCACAGUUCUAUAUGAUAGAAGAUAUAAUUCCCGUUCAAGUGCUUUGGUUACAUAGAAGAUAUAAUUCCCGUUCAAGUGCUUUGGUUACAUUGUACAACAUGUGCAACAAUUUAAUGCUUAAGUGCAAAGCAGUAACUUGCGUAUCUUGUUCAGUGCAUACUGUUUACAUAUUAUUAACUAAUUAUUAAUAUGAUUUUAAAGGCUCUUUGAAGGCUAGGAACUGCCAUAUAAAAUAGAUAAUAGAGACACACCUUUGUAAGCAUACAUCACAUAAAAUCACUAAUUUUUCUGUUGGGUUAAUAAUAUACAGUAGGAAUUGUUUGCGAUAUAAUUUGAUUUAUAAUUCAUUUAUUUCAGCUUUAAGCUCAUUAAAUAAAUUCAUAUUUUUGCGUGUUUAAGAUGUAUUUUAGUGUUUAUAGUAAUCGACUUUAUUAGUUGAACUUUUACUGAUAAGUUCUUUGAAAUGUCUAGAGCACAGUUCCUAUGAAAAGUUGAAGAAAUAAUCAUAUGGAUAUACUGAGAAAUAAACUUGUUUUUUUUUUUAA